CAUGCACGGGACGUCCCGUGCACGGGACUAUCUCAUUUCUCCAGAAACCGACCGCUCAUCACCUCUCAGCCAAGCCAACCACAUCACACUAUUGUACCCAUUGCCGAUCAAAGCAAGAAGAGGCACAGGCACUCAUACAUCGAGGGAGCCUGAGCUCGAUCGAUCAAUGGAGUCCGCAUCAUCCACCCCGCGCACGACGGACUCCAUGUUCCUGCCUUUCCUGGUAAUGUUCGCGGCCAUCUACCUCCUCGGCUACUUGGUCGUGUUCCGCCGCUGGAGCCGGCAGCACCGCCCGGACGCGUCCAGCUGCUUCACCUCGCUCUUCCACGGCACGCCGGCGUUGCUGCUUGCCCUGCGCGCCGUGCUGUCCAACCCGGCCGCCGCCGGCGACCUCGCGCUCGCGGCGCCCAACACGCGCGCCGACGACCUCGCCCUCGACUUCAGCACAGCCUACUUCGCCAUCGACCUCCUCCACUACCUCGUCUUCCUGCCCCACGAGGCCCUCUUCGUCGCGCACCACCUCGCCACGCUCUACGUCCUCGCCACCUGCCGCGCCGCCGUCCGACGCGGCGCCUACGCGCUGCUCGCCCUGGAGGUGCUCGCCGAGGCCACCAGCCUCGUGCAGAACCUGUGGACGCUGGCCGACAUGCGCCGCGCCGGCUCGCCCGCGGCCGCCAGGGCGCACGCGGCGCUGUCGCUCCCGUUCUACGUGGCGUACACGGCCAUGAGGGCGGUACUCGGCCCGGUGUGGUUCGUGAGGAUGGUGAGAUUCUACGCCGCCGGGGCUGGCAAAGGUGCCGUGCCGGCGUGGGCUUGGGUGUCCUGGACGGUGGUGAUCGGUUCCGGGAUAGUGCUAAGCGUGCUGUGGGUGGGCAACCUGUGGUUCGUCUACUUCAGGGACAGGAAGGAGAGCUCUCGCAACAAGGAACAGUGAUCACUUCUUGAUCUUACAUUGAUUUCGAGUUCAUUCA